UUGUUGGAACAUGCCUGUAGAGCAUUUAAAUUAAAUAUGUACUAAUUGACAAUUCAUUAAGGCAUAUCAUUUUAAAUAUUUAAGCUAACUCACUUAUCAUGCAUCGAAAUCAAUUUAAUUCAUGUUAAAACUCAUCUCGUUGGCGGGUUUUACAUUUUUCGGCUAAAUUUUUCAAUAAACAGCUAGAGUUGGCGGGAACCCAACAGCACUGAUAACCAGAGCUGCUGGCAUAUUUAGUGCUAAAUAUAAGGUGUCAAUCGCUGGUUUGAAAAGAGGGGGUGCACGCCGACUGGGCUACAGUGAGUGCACGUGAGAACGAACUGUUGCAUAAAUAUACACGAAUAGCUAUAGAGGCUGCUCGACUGCAACCAGAAAUCAUUCGUUCUCAGUUCCAUAAGCUGUGUACACUGUGAUUUACAAUGGCAACAGCCAUACAAAAUAGUCUAAAAGUAGCUCUAAGGAAGCGCAUGAAGCAGAUCCUUAGCUGCUUAACGCCCGAGAUGAUAGCGAAGCAAUCGGCGGCGGUGACGGAGAGGGUGCUGAAAAAUGAGGCAUUUCGUCAGGCUCAACGCGUUAGCAUCUAUUUGAGUACCAGCGAGGAGCUGGAUACUACUGCGAUAAUCCGCGAGAUGUUCAGGCUGGAGAAGAUGGUGUUUGUGCCCAGCUACCAGGGCACAAAGAUGAAAAUGGUGCGUUUGUGCGACAUGAACGAAUACGAGGGACUGCCGCUGACCAAAUGGAAUAUCAAGCAGCCGGACUUCCAGGAGAGUCGCGAGGAUGCCAUGACAAAUGGACAUGGUAUUGAUCUGUUUAUUGUGCCCGGCGUGGCAUUCACGCGCAGCGGCGAUCGUAUGGGCCACGGCAUGGGUUACUAUGACAAAUAUUUGAAGCAGCACGCGGAAAAGUAUCCGCACAAGAAGACAACCAUAAUGGCUCUCGCCCUCAAUGAGCAGAUAGUUAGCAGCGAAGAGCUGCCCAUGGAUGACCACGAUGUACGUUUAAAUUGUGUUAUUACAGAGAAAUAAGCUUAAAUUUAAUUACUUUACAUACAAAAUGUAUAAAUCAAAUAUACACAAAACACUUUGAUAUAUGCAAGU